GGCGAAUUGACGUCAAUGGCAGUUUUGGAUUGGUUUCGUCCGUUUCCGGUGGAGCAUUGAAACGGUUCGGCAGUUGAAGAGAAGAUAUUAAACAGCCUAAAAUCCUAGAUCAGAAGGUCUGAAGAGCCUGGUCAGCAGCAUGGCAUCCAGCAGUGAAGAGGAGAGGAGUCUGCGUGAGUGCGAGCUUUAUGUGCAGAAGCACAACAUCCAGCAGCUGCUGAAGGACUGCAUCGUGCAGCUGUGCACGGCGCGGCCCGAGAGGCCCAUGGCUUUCCUCAGAGAGUACUUCGAGAGACUUGAAAAGGAGGAGGCGAAGCAGCUGAUCAACCAGCAGAAGGCAAGCUCACGCUCAGACUCACGUGAGGAUGAGGUUUCUCCCCCCAUGAACCCGGUGGUGAAGGGCCGCUGUAGAAGGGGAGCCAUCAGCGCUGAGGUCUACACCGAGGAGGACGCCGCCUCUUACGUGAGAAAGGUUAUUCCUAAAGACUACAAAACCAUGGCGGCUCUCGCCAAAGCCAUCGAAAAGAACGUGCUCUUCUCACACUUGGAUGACAAUGAAAGAAGUGAUAUAUUCGAUGCCAUGUUCCCAGUCACAUAUAUCGCAGGAGAGACGGUCAUUCAGCAGGGUGAUGAAGGUGACAACUUCUACGUGAUCGACCAAGGCGAAAUGGACGUUUAUGUGAACAACGAGUGGGCCACCAGCAUCGGCGAAGGCGGUAGCUUCGGGGAGUUGGCACUGAUCUACGGUACUCCCCGCGCGGCCACGGUCCGAGCUAAGACCAACGUCAAACUAUGGGGCAUCGACAGAGACAGCUACAGGAGAAUACUGAUGGGAAGUACUCUGAGAAAGAGGAAGAUGUACGAAGAGUUCCUUAGUAAAGUAUCCAUUCUCGAGUCCCUGGAUAAGUGGGAGCGCCUGACGGUGGCUGACGCGUUGGAGCCGGUGCAGUUUGAGGACAGCCAGAAGAUCGUAGUGCAGGGAGAACCAGGGGAUGAAUUCUUCAUCAUACUGGAGGGAAGUGCAGCUGUCCUGCAGAGACGAUCCGAGAACGAGGAGUUUGUAGAAGUGGGUCGCUUAGGACCUUCAGACUACUUCGGUGAGAUUGCACUGUUAAUGAAUCGCCCCCGUGCCGCCACCGUAGUGGCCCGCGGUCCUCUGAAGUGCGUGAAGCUGGACCGACCACGUUUCGAGCGAGUGCUCGGUCCCUGCUCGGACAUCCUCAAGCGCAACAUCCAGCAGUACAACAGCUUUGUGUCACUGUCUGUCUGAACACAUACCAAACUCUUUAACAGCAGGGUUUAUUUUUUCUUCUCUCAUGCAGCCGGCUUUUAUUUCCUUUUUAAACUCUUCUUUCAUUGCUCGCGAAUAUAAGCGUAUACUUUUUUCACCUGCACUCGAACAUCACGUUUGCUAAAACGGCAGCAAAACUGCGUCCGUCCUUUCUCGGCAUCGACAUGCCCUGAGCAGACAAUCAAAACCUACUGAAGAUAAAUCCACAGACUGUACCGGGCAUCAUUUGUACGUGUAACUAUUUAAGACGAAAAAAAUGAAGGGGUGAGAUUAUAUUUUUUAAAGCAAAGUCUAUCCGAAAGACGCAUUUUCUGUUCAGCUUGCUUUGCCGUCGUCGAAGUAGUUUUCUAAGAAUAGUUUUGUAAGAUAUUACUUAAUCAAAGAUAUAUAAAAGUACUCACAUUCACGCACAGAAACUGUAAGCAUGCUUAAUGGAUAAUUGUCUUCCCCCACCCCCACCCCCCCUACCUAAGUAACAGUUUUUUAAAGGUAAACGCAUCAAUAAGAUGCCCUUUGUACAUACAUUACAGUCUUUAUACCAACCAAAAAUAUUUUCAGUCAUCACAUUGGCAAAAACAGCGAGAUAUUAUUAUUAUUAUUAUUAUUAUUAUUAUUAAUAGACUGUAAACCUCCAGUAUUAGCGAUGCCAUUUUCAGUAAGUCAUUUCCAUCCUGUCAUUUUGAAUUUCACCGCAUCUCAUUUUCGUUUAAAGUUUACUCUAGGAGCUUCGUGCCAUAUUAAUUAACGUACGCUUGCUUAUUUCUUGAACUUCUUGAAACAACAAUAUUGUUGUGUGGAGAAUAUGGGUUUGUGUUUGUAAUUGUAGAGAUAAAUAGCACAAUUUCAAUGCAGAAAGGAUAAAACAUGUAAUGGGGAGUCAAAUGAAAACCUUUAGCAAAUUUGGUUUCUAAAGUUAUUUAGGAACUUUUGAUCAGUUUGUACGGAACUAAACUGAGUUGUAGGAAAAUAAUGCGCUACGGUUUUCAUUUCAUUCACUGUGGGUUUUUUUCUUUUUCUUUUUGGGGUAUUUACAGGAAACCUGUUUUUCCACGUACAUGUUUCAGGCAUAGAGAAUCACAUUUUUAUUCCUUCACAUUCUAUAUAUUUAUUAAAUAGUAUUUUAUGCCCGAAGGUACCCAGAAUUUCUCACUCACCGUCUAUAUGAUGAUAUCUUUCUAUGUAUGAUAACAUAUAUUAAUCUAGCUUUGCUUGGCUUUUUGUUACUGAAGACUAUACUCGUGCUGACCCAGACCUUGAGCUGGUAUUGUGACACCUGCAGUCAUUAGAACGGCAGGUACCAUAAACAGUGGACCAUAUGGGGUUUUGUUCUUGUUAAUGAUGUUUUUUGGUUUUUUUUUUUGCUUUGAUUUCCAGUGUGUCACCAACAUGUGUUCUUUCCUUUCUUUUUCUUUUUUUUUUGGUAGAGCUUGUCAUACUGGCAGUUUAAGCAAUAAAAGUUGCUGAAACUUG